GACUGGUGGGAGCAGGACCGGGGUCAGCGUCCGCUCUGCCGGUUCAUCCCUCACACACUAAGUCUUCGUUUGUGACUCUCAUUCAUUCACAUGUUCGCUUUCGCCCUCAGACAGCUAUUCAUGGAUUUGCUCCGUCCUGCCGUUCAUUCAUACUCACACUUCAUUCGUUCACGUAUUCACUAAAUUCUUCACUAAUUCAUUCCUCUACUCAGUUACUCACCAUCUCACUCACACAUUUAUUUAUUGGUUGAUUCAAGUGCAGAUUUGUUUCUGGAUUCAUUAACUCAUUCAUUUGCGCUUAUCGUUUAUACACUCAUUCGUUCAGGGAUCCAUUUCCCAGUCAUUAGGUCAUUCACUGUAUCCUUUGUGAAUUCAUUCAUUCACUCCCUAAUUGAGUCAUUCAUUCGUUCAUGCACUCACUCAUGUCAUUCAUUCAUUUACUCAUGGCCUUCAUGUAUUCAUUAUGCAUUCAUUAUGUCAGUUGUGCAUUUAUUCACUCAUUCACUAAGUCAUUCAUGCAUUCAUUCGUUCAUUCAUUAAGUCAUUCGUGUGCAUGCACUCAUGUCAUUUCUGCCUUCAUUCACUCAUUAUGCAUUCAUUCAUUACUAAAUCAUUCACUCAUCCACUUGAUAUCUGUCAUGCAGGCAUUCAUUUAUUCCUUCAUUCGUCUAUCUGCUCAAGGAAAAACCAUUUGCUGGACCGCUCUCAUCACUGCUGAUAGAAGUCACAAGGGUUGCACAGGCAAAGAAAAGUGCAAGUCUCCAGUAGGCUGAAGGGCUUUUCUGAGAUACAAUUCUGAGAGCACAAGUCUCUGCUAGAAGACAUCCCGUGCAUCUGCAGAGAGCGUUUUCAUUACUCCACCUACUUAUGGAACACUCCUUCAUGACAACACAAGCCAUCUUCCUACCCUUCUCUGUCCUCAGCACUCAGGCUUCCUGUCUCUAGACUCCUCUGUACUGCAGCCCACACUGGGUGGGUUGAGUCUGGGUUGCUCACUGAGCGUAGUGUCCUCAAGGUCCCGCCACAGCUGUUGGUGCCAGAGCCCCACUCUCUCUUUGUUAGGGCUGAGUAACGCUAGAUAAGCACUGGGUGCCCAUCGCUCCAUGGGAACGCACGGGGCACUGGCCUUCUGGAUGCCAGCAAUGAUGUUGCCAAGGAUUGGUAGGGAGGAACAGCUUUAUUGCUGUUGAGCAGAUCCUUAGGAUUGGAGUUGGGCGAUCAUGUCGAGACUUCAGGUUUAAACCCUCGAGAGCUGUGUAGCCUUUCACCGACCUGCAUCAGCUUUUGUUCUUGGCUUUCUUUUCUGAGACAGGUGCUCAGGAGUGACCCUGGCUUGCAUUGAACAUGAUCUGUAGAUCAGGCUGGCCUUGAAUUCUCAGAGAUCUGCCUACCUCUGGGAUUAAAGACUUGUACACCACCUUUGGCUUUCAUCCUCUCUUAACUGUGACUAUUGCUUAUGUUUAAUGAUAUACUUUUGGGGAGGCCUCACUGAGGAGCCAACAUUGGAGCAGAGACCCAGGAAAGCCAAGGAAGGAAGCAAUGCAAAGGCCCCGGGGCAUCGACAGGAAGCCUGUGAGGCGGGAGCAGAGCCAAAGGAUGGAAGCUGCAGGGACAAAGCAAGAGGAUGCAGUGACCUAUGAGGAUGUGCAUGUAAACUUCUCUCAAGAAGAAUGGGCUUUGCUGGAUCCUUCUCAGAAGAGUCUCUACAAAGAUGUGAUGCUGGAAACCUACUGGAACCUUACUUGUAUAGGCUACAAAUGGGAAGACCACAAUAUUGAGGAUCAACAUCAGAGUUCUGGAAGACAUGGAAGGUGUAUCAACUGUCCCUCUGCAUAUGGAAAGAAGCAGUGUACCAAUCUCUUUCCUAGAACAAUUAGAAGAAGAUAUGUAGUCACCCCCUUUGUGAAAAGAGGAGGUGAAUGUGAUACAAGUUUACAAGUACUUGGUUUUCCAGCCUCAGUGGGAAUACAUCAAAAUACUGACACUGGAGAAAAGCCCUCUGUGGACAAGGAAAGUGGAAAAUCUCCUGUCUGUCCUGGUUCACUUUGCACGUGUAGUGUGACUCACUCUAUAGGAGAAUGUUAUGAAUGCAGUCAGUGUGGUAAAGCUCUGAGUUGUUCUCUUCAGAGACAUGACCAAACUCAUAUGGGAAAAGGAAGUGAUAAAUGUGAGCCAAGUAGUAAAAGCUUAACCCAUCCCAGGUAUCUUCAAAUACAGAAGACGGCCUAUAAUGAAGAGGACCUCUAUGUGUGGAAUCAAUGUGGUAAAUCCUCUUUACAGCCACACCGAAGAACUCAUUUGGGAAUGAAAUCCUGUGAAUAUAAUCAUGAAGAUAAACUCAUUUCACAUCAGAAUUGUAAUCAAGUAGGUAGAACUAAUACUAGAGACACAAAGCAUGACUAUCAUCAAUGGGGUAAAGCCUUUACAUAUCCCAGUUAUCUUCAAAUAUAUGAAAGAAUUCAUACUGAAGAGAAACCCUAUGAAUGCAGUCAAUGUGGUAGAGCCUUUACAUGUCAUAGUACUCUUCAAAUCCAUGAAAGAAUUCAUACUGGAGAGAAACCCUAUAAAUGCAAUCAGUGUGGUAAAACCUUUGCAUGUAAGAGGUAUCUUCAAAUCCAUGAAAAAAUUCAUACUGGAGAGAAACCCUAUAAAUGUAAUCAGUGUGGUAAGGCCUUUGCAUGCAAUAGUUAUCUUCAAAUCCAUGAAAGAAUUCAUACUGGUGAGAAACCCUAUAAAUGUAGUCAGUGUGGUAAAGCCUUUGCAUGCAAUAGUUAUCUUCAAAUGCAUGAAAGAAUUCAUACUGGUGAGAAACCCUAUAAAUGCAAUCAGUGUGGGAAAGCCUUUGCAUGUAACAGUAAUCUUCAAAAGCAUGAAAGAACACAUACUGGAGAGAAACCCUAUAAAUGUAAUCAAUGUGGCAAAGCCUUUACAUGUCAUAGUACUCUUCAAAUCCAUGAAAGAAUACAUACUGGAGAGAAACCCUAUAAAUGUAAUCAAUGUAGUAAAGCCUUUGCACGUAAAAGAUAUCUUCAAAUCCAUGAAAGAAUUCAUACUGGAGAGAAACCCUAUGAAUGUAAUCAAUGUGGUAAAGCCUUUGCAUAUAGCAGUAGUCUUAACAAGCAUGAAAGAACUCAUACUGCAGAGAAACCCUUUGAAUGUAAUCAGUGUGGUAUAGCCUUUGCAUGUCUCAGUACUCUUCAAAAGCAUGAAGGAAUUCAUACUGAAAAAAUUCCCCAGCAAUCUAAGAAAUGAAGUGUAGCCUUGUAUACUACAUUCAUUUUCCCUUCUGAGUUUUCUCAGUGAUGGUUGAUGAAGAUUAGUAGAACCAUUCUUCAUUAAAAUAUUGUCUCCUUUUCAAAUUUUAGACAUAUUGUCACUCCAAUAUAGGAAUACCAGACAAUUUGGAUAAUAAAAUCUAUUUGUGAAAGAAAA